UUUAAAAAUAAUUUGCUACAUACAGUACCGGAAAUCGUUUUGCAGACUGGUAAGAAUUUAUAACUCUGGUCAAAUUCCAGAGAAGACCGGAUUCUUGUUCAUUUCUGCAUUUAAAAGAAGAUUAUUGAAUAGUGGACUGUACUGUUAUACUGUGAGAAAUAUGGCUGCCAAAUUAGUCUUCUCAGGGACACUGACAAAGUCUGAUCCGAAGGACAAUCCAGUGUUGAUUGUUGGACAGCUGAAAUUCAUCAAGCAGAUCAAAUUCUCGGAUGUUUCACUCAAAUUGGAGCCAAGAGUCAAUGAAGAAACCUUUACGACUGCAGUAGAUGGUCUUCACCCAUCUCCCACUGACAGUUGUCCACUCUGGUUGACUAACGCUACAGUAGCAGCAUUGCCUGUCAAGUGUAGCCGUCACAACACACCAACACGUUCUCAUGCAUUGUCAAAGAUGGUCAAGUCCUGCUAUGCUGGAGGGGAUGAAUUUAUUGUGAUUGUUUGUGAAAGGAAAGAUCUUGUAGCAUCAGCUGCUGCUGUGGCACGAACUUUACCUCUGUACAGUCGUAAGUCAUCAGCUUCAAGCACAGGUCGUACAGUUGUUGUCGAGUUCCUCCUGGUUGGUGAGGGGAAUGACAAGCCUCUAGAUGAAGAUGAUAUCGGAUGUCUGAAUGCCGUAGCGGAGGCUGUGAGACUGACAGCAAAGAUUGUGGAUAUACCAUGUGCCGACAUGCACACAAACCAGUUCCUUAAUGAAAUACGUGAAGUAGGGGAGAAGUUAGGCAUUCAGCCACGAAUCAUUGCUGGGGAGGCCCUUGAUGAAAUGGGACUUGGAGGUAUUUGGGGUGUAGGCAAGGCCGCUGUGAACCUACCGGCCCUUGCAGUUCUCAGUUUUACCCCACCGUCUGCUGAGAAAACCAUUGCCUGGGUAGGAAAGGGCAUUGUGUUUGAUACUGGUGGCCUCUGCAUCAAGACAAAGGUUGGAAUGUGUGGAAUGAAAACUGACUGUGGGGGAGCUGCUGCAAUGUUAGGGGCUUUCUAUGUUGCUGUGAAAAUGGGAUUUAAAGAGAAUCUUCAUGCUGUGUUCUGCCUUGCUGAAAAUGCUGUUGGACCUAAAUCUCUCAGACCUGAUGACAUCAUCACCCUUUACUCGGGAAAGACUGUUGAAAUCAACAACACUGAUGCUGAAGGCCGUCUUGUUCUAGGGGAUGGGGUUGCCUAUGCACAGAAAGAUCUAAAGGCAGAUAUUAUUGUUGACAUGGCAACACUAACAGGUGCUCAAGGAAUAGCAACUGGCAAAUAUCAUGCUGGGAUCUUGACCAACAAUGAAGACAUUGAAUUAGCAUGUGUGAAGGCAGGUCAAAACUGUGGUGAUCUAGUGCAUCCUGUGCCAUAUUCUCCUGAGCUUCAUUUCCCAGAGUUCAACAGUUCAGUCGCUGAUAUGAAAAACUCUGUUGCCGACCGUUCUAAUGCCCAGGUGUCGUGUGCUGGUCUGUUUAUAGGAUCUCAUCUAGGAUUUGAUUUUUCUGGAGUUUGGUUACAUAUCGACAUGGCUGCACCAGCUCAUAUUGGUGAUAGAGCUACAGGGUACGGUCCGGUACUGCUCAAUACAUUAUUUGGCGGGAAAUCUUCGAACAAACUUCUGCAGUUGAUUGCACCACCCAUGCCCCUGUGGGAACGUGAGGGAAUGGAGGUUGAGGAAAACACAGACAGCAGCAAGAAGGCAAAACUACAAACAGAAUAGCAAAACACUGAACAAGUCAAAUAAUUACUUAAGAACAAGUUAAAAAAUUGCUGUAUCUCCAGGAAACUUCCAUUUAUCUUACUUUUUAACCUUUACCCUGCUAAAUUUCUGAUAUGGAUUGGUCUGUCAUUCAGUUUUUGCAAUGCCAUUCAUUAUUCCAGGGGUAUUCAGUGAAAAUUUACUGACUGAAUAGUGAGCAGUGCAAACUAAGAUCAGCCUGUAUAGACGUGCAGGCUGAUCUUGGUCUGCACUGGUCGCAAAGGCAGAAUCAUUUGCUGCCAGCAGGUUAAAGAUUAAAAUAGCUGUAAAGGAAAAACUGCCAUAAGAUGUUAUUUUUACUUUUGUUACUUUGUAUCAAAUAGAUACAGCAGUUUUCAUGUCCAGCAGUCCAAAUGUUAACAGAUGUACAGGUUAGUUAUUACUCUGUGUGCCCUUUUAGGUAUUGUUUGAACAAAAAUAUGUUGAAAGGUAAUUUUUGUUUAGAAAUUGUAUACUUGAUGGAAAUAUUUUUUAUUACAUGUGAUUAAAGUGACUCUGGAUUAUUUAUCAUAUUUUUCAAAAUGUAUGAAAACCUUUGAAGAGUAUUAAGAAGUAUAGAUCAAUGUUACUUACCUCAAUACAUUAUGAUUGUAGUAUAAAAUACAGUUAAAGUCCUUAUGUAUUAUACCAAAUUUUCAAGGUGAGACUAAUAAUAUUUAAAUUGACAUUUUGUAGUCACACACUACAUACAUUUUAAAGAUAAAAGCUUGUCUGUUUGUCUGUCUGUUUGUUUGUGAAGGGUUUAGCAUCAUUGUUCAAUAGCAUUUCAGUUGUGUAACGGCAAGCAGUUAACCUAUACUGUGUUUCUGCGUUCUUUACAAGUGCUAACCUUUUUCCACAAGUUACUUCCAACUUCUCCACAUGAAGUCAGUGCUGGAUAAGGAAUAAUUUAAGACACAGUUUCCUACCAAUUCACUCUUAGUUUUUAUUUACAGUAGAAAGUGUUAUCUAAAUUUUGAAAAAAGUUUACAUUAAUCUGGAGGUGUGCCUAUUUAAGGUGUGAUGUCAUUUUCCGUGCACUUGGUUUUUAUGGUACAGUAUGUGUGCAUGCCUUCUAAUAGUUAUUGUGAUAUAUAUUUUAAGGACUUAAGGUAAAAACAAGUCCUUGAUAUGUAUAGUCAAAACUCUUUUUAACUGUGAUUUUUUUUCUUGAAUUUUUCUGUUUUUGUACAUGAUGUAUAAAUAAGUAUUUAUGCAACUAGACCAGAAGAAGAAUUAUAUGUUAAUGAAUGUUAAGUGUUAUAAUUUAUAUUAAUUUGUAUAACAAUAAAUAUAAUCAAACCAUUUUUUGUAUGAUCAGACUGUUAUCUCAUUGAUUAGAUUGCUUUUCUACAGCAAUUGCUCAAUCUAGAUAUAACAUUACAUAGGUAUGAUUCAUCUGUAAUACAAUCAAAUUCAUAUUAACUAAACAUCCAAGAGAACAAUGCAGUCUGUCUGCUUAAGACAAGAGUUGAAAAGAACAAAAAGUGGGGAAGUAAGCUGAAUGGCCUCUUAAAUCAAGUGGCUGCUCAAUAUAGGAAGUCACUAAAGUGGGUUCAGCUGUAUUUCCAUUUCUCACUUGUUGACUGUUGAGUAUAUAUUAGAUACAUGUGUGAGAUAAUCUUAUUUCAUGCCGCUUGUCUUACACUAGUCAAGAACUACAUUAAAUAUAAGCCUUUACUGGGUGAGUGCAACUUCAAAAUAAUAGCAAAAUGAAUGGUGAGACUAAUGCACCAUGCCCAUCAAGUUGUGAAUAAAAAAUUCUAUUUCAGUUAAGACUGUAUCAAGAAUCCUAUUUUUGCACAAAUCUUGACCUUGGAUAGGAUUUCCUUAUCUGCAGCUAAUGGAAGUGGUAGGUUAAUUUUGUCUUAACAUUUACAAAUGGAUAGCAAAUUGAAGCAAUUCUCUGUAUUCCUACCUUUAAUUGGUUGUCUAACUUCUAAGGUAGUGUGAGGAAGCGUUAUCACAAAAAAUUAUUGAUUUUACUUUUCUUACCGGUAUUUACACACAUAUUAAACAUAUAUGUAUAAUUUUGCUGUAAUGAUAUACUUAAAUUGAAUUCAUGUUAAAUGAUACAUUUUUAGUCAGCUAAAGAUGCCAUAUACCUUAUUUAAUAUUUGUGACUGCUUUGUUUUCUCUGACUUAUAUUGGCAUAUGAGGUGACACAUGAAUCCGAAACAUUCCAUCAUUUUAAAGAGCAUUGUCUUUGAAAGUGUAACAUACUAUGAACUGCAAAUUCUUUAUGUCUGUUGUCUAUAAAAUCACAGAAUAAAAGUGACUCAAAAAUUACCUGAUCUAGAGUACAUACCUUUGCUUGGUAACAAUGUAUCACAGCCAGAACUAGACUUCUUGUUUCUAGUUGUUUGAUUUGACGUUUAUUAUAAUAACAUAAUUGUCAUAAGUUAUUUUUGCAAAAAGUGGAUUUCUGAAAUGGACUGGUCCAUCAUUCAAUUUGGGCAAUGCCAUUCAUUUUGAAGGGGUGUUUUUUGAAAAUUUACUGACAGAAUAGCGAACAGUGCGGACCAAGAUAAGUCUGCACAGAUUUGCAGGCUGAUCUUGGUCUGCACUGGUUGCAAAGGCUGAAUCACUUGCUGCCAGCAGGCUGGUGUUGGUCUGCACUGGUUGCAAAGGCAGAAUCACUUGCUGCCAGCAGGCUGAUGCUGGUCUGCACUGGUUGCAAAGGCAGAAUCACUUGCUGCCAGCAGGCUGAUCUUGGUCUGCACUGGUUACAAAGGCAGAAUCACUUGCUGCCAGCAGGCUGAAGGUUCAGCAGCAGUUACCCAAUUAUUGCUGAGUACCAGUACCAUAGAUAGAAAAUAUAUAUAGUCAAAUGCACUUUUUUGCACAAUGGAUCCAGAUAAAAUGUAGUAUUGAGCAAUCAUUAUUCCUUGAGGAAUAAUAUUUAUGGAUUUUGUUGUUGCUUUGAUGUAUAGAAUUUGAUCAAAACAAACAAACAAAAUGUUCAUUUGUUUUACUUGUAGAAAUUGAAAUCCACAAAUUGAUAUCUGAACAAAGAAUGACCACAAAAUUUCAUCCUAUCGAAAGUAAACAGUUUCACAAAAAUCAGUACACAUGCUUUUUUAGAGAGUGUUUCUCGGCGGACCAGCUGUCUAAUAGUUCAGAUGUUUAUGUGCUAUUAUGUCACCAAUGUUUGUGAUAAUGUUUUUUGCUUAUAGUGUAA